AUGUUCUGCAAGGCAUCUCUGCUCACCGUCGCUCUGGCACUCAUCGCUUCUGCAACUCCCAUCACGAAGCCCGCCGGGAUUCGUAUUCCGAUCCAGAAGCGCAGCGGCUUGACAAAGGCCGAUGGUACGGCCGACCGUGACGCCAUCCUCCGCGAGAGGGUGCGGGUGCAAAACAAGCACCGCAACAACCUGAUCACCAUCGAUCGUAAGAUGGGUCUCGAGAACUACCACGUCGGCGCGCACAUCCCGCCGGUUGCGACGCUCCCGGAGCAUCUCCAGAAGCGUCAGUCCGAGUCGCUCACGGACCAGCAAAGUGAGGAAUGGACCGGGACCGUCGCCAUUGGCAGCCAGAGCUUCAUCAUCGACUUCGACACCGGCUCUUCCGACCUCUGGGUCCCGUCCUCAGACUGCAGCUCUUGCCAGACCCAGGACACAUAUGACCCGUCCUCGUCCUCGUCCAGCGAGGAGCAGAGCGGCACAUUCGCGAUCUCGUACGGAGAUGGCUCUACUGCCUCUGGCCCCAUCUACAAAGACCACGUUGAGAGCGUUGCUGGCGUCUCCGUCACUGGCCAGACGUUCUCUGCUGUGACCAGCGAGAGUGGGGACCUCGUUGGCGGGCCUUUCGACGGCCUGAUGGGCAUGGCUUGGCCCGCUCUUUCCGAGCUCAAUGCCGACCCCUUCUUCUGGACUGCCAUUAGUCAGGGUGUCGUUUCAGAAGGUGUAUUUGGCUUCUACCUGUCGGACAGCGACUCUGAGCUGUACCUCGGUGGCACGAACUCGUCUCUCUACACCGGUGACCUCGAGUACCACGACCUCGUGUCCUCCGCUGGAUUCUGGACGAUUGGCGGCGCGAGCGCCAUCGUCAACGGGCAGACCGUCAACUCCGACUUCGAGACUAUCAUCGACUCCGGCACGACCCUUAUGUACGGUCCCACCGACGCGGUUGCGAAGUUCUACUCCGGCAUCAACGGCGCGCAGUCGCUCGGUAGCGGUUUAUACGGUAUUCCGUGCGACUCCUUCCCCACUGUCGCGAUCAGCUGGGGUGGCAGCACCUUCACGAUCUCCCCGAACGCGUUCAACCUCGGCAACGCUGGCGACGGGCUUUGCUAUGCUGCCCUUGGCGGUGAGAACUUCGGCUUCGGCGACAACGUCUGGCUCCUUGGUGACACUUUGAUGCAGAGUGUCUACACCGCGUUCUCCGUCGACAAGUACGCGGUCGGCUUUGCGAACCUCGCAUGA